CCUCUCUCAAACCUCCAAAAGUCGUAACGCAAACCCUCCCUCUCUCUCUCUCUCUCUCUCUCUGACCUCGCCGCCGGAGAACACUCAGCCCCUGACCGCGAUGGCGGCGGCGGCGGAAGCGCCUGGUGCAUCGUUCUCUCCCGAGGAGAACAGGCUCCUGCAGUCCCUCGCUGACCGGGGAUGGCGAUUCCGCGACCCCACCGACGAGGCCAUCCAGGCCCUCCUCCACGCCUCCCCCUCGCCGUCGCCGGAGGCCGUGGAGUCCAAGCUCGUGGACAUGAACUUGAGGAUGUUCGGCGGAAAGUCCCUCCCCGACCGGGCCACCGCCUCCGCCACGGCGAAGCGGCUUUCAUACCUCCACGGCCCUAUCGUCCUGCAGGUAGUCUCUGUAAGAGAUAUAUAUCGCAGCAGCAUUGAUGCCUCCUUUAAGAACCCACAGCAGCGCCGUCUUCUACGCUUUGGUCUCACUGAUGGGAUAUCUGAAGCAGUAGCCAUAGAGUUUUCUCCUAUUUCGUUCAUCACUGAAGAGAUAGCUCCAGGUACCAAGAUUCGCCUUGAGAAUAAGAUUCCAAUAAAUGAUGGCAUAUUGUGCUUAAGUGCGAGAAAUGUGAGUGUCAUGGGGGGGACUGUCCAAUCCUUGUAUGAAGAAUGGCAGAUGAACCAGAAAUUCACUGGCUUAUCUCGUCCAUCCUUGAGGUUGUCUCAAAGUGAUGAUGGAAUUGGGCCCCCACCAUUUGAGAAGUUAGAUACUGAAGCACGUCCCUGCAGGACAACCAAAGUGCAAGCAUAUCCUGCAGAUCAUAAAGCUAGGAAGUUGGCAGUUAGUCGUGACCAUGUGCCGGUUAAUUCUGGUGGCAAACCUAUGAAUGAGGAUUCAAGCGAUGUGAACAAAGAGACUACAUCAAGCAAGCUUGAAUCCAAUCAAAUUAGCUCAGAUAGUAGACCAAAAGAAGUCAGCGAAGCUGUUCCUGUUCAAAACCAAGCUGCUGCACAGAAGCUACUGCAGAAAAUGGCCCAGGCUGGGCCUGAAGACAGGCAUGGUCGGGGUCAUAGAUUCAAGGGCAAAGGCAAGCAAGAAGAUACUGAGGUCUUUACCCUUGAUGAAUGGGAGAAGAGGAAGGCCAUUGGUUCCAGGUCAACUGCAGAAAGCUACAUUCAAGAUACUAGCCGAGACGAGGAGUUGGCAAGGCAGCUGCAGGAGCAACUAGAUUUAGAAGAUAUCCAUGGUGGGGCAGAGAGCUCGGAUGCUGAACGUUUACGGAUGAGCAUGUUCAGCUUCAGUGGCCCUGAUGAAAUGGGUGAUGGUAGAAGAGAUUUUCGAGGGCGGGGGCGGGCCAGGGGAAGGGGAAGGGGCCGAGGGCGAGGCCAGGGCAGAGGAAGAUUCUAGUCCAAUCUCAGAAUUGUAGGUUUAUAGGUUUGUUGCGUGUUCGGUGUACUGCACUGGUUGUAGUGAUAGGAGUGGUAUGAUAAUGACCUUCUCAAAUCAUGCGUCCUCUCAUUUUACCUAGCAUGAUGGCUGAUACUAGCUAAUGUCAGAAUUCAGGACCAUUGAGUACACUUCCCAUGAAAUUUUGUUCUUUUCUUAGAUGCAAGUAAUAGACACAUGGUUUGAUUGUUUGAACAACGAGCUGAAAUGUAUAAAUUUUCCAUUCUGUUUGUGA